GUGGCGGCGGCGGCGGCAGCAGCAGCAGGUAAAGAGCCUGAGGCGGCGGGGUCCUUCCCCUUCCCUUUUCCCCUCCCCGCGCGUGCGUUCCCUUUCUAUGACGUGUCCAGGUGCCGCCGUAUAUGUGCCCCCAGCUCGGGUCCCUGCGUGUGCGCGUGUAUUUGUUCGUGCGUGUCUGUGUGAGGAGUCUGCAUGUGUGACACGCAUGUGAGGCUCAGGACACCAACCUCCUUCCACGGCCUACUGUUCCCUUACUGUCACCCAUGUCCGUCGGUGCCCCCUCCCCCGUCUUGGUCCCUCGUCGAUAUCAGAGCCCCCACCAAGUGUGUGCGGCAUGUGGGGAGGGGGAGUGCAGCAGAGUACCCCUCCCCCACGCAGGAUCUGUCAGUGUCAAGGCCCCCCAUCCCCUUCCUGCCGUGUCAGGUCAGUAUUGGUCAGGUUCCAGCGGGUGUGUGCUUAGUUCGGACCCUCCACUGCGACCUGGUGCCCCUUCCGUGUCCGCGUCCCUGCCCCUAUGUGUGUCCUUGUCCUGAGUGUGUGUUCCGGACUGGGGUCCUCCGGAGUGGGAGCCUGCCUGAAUGUGCGUUCCUAGAGGCGCUUCCUACUCUCCUUGGGUGCUAGAUGGCCUUCCCUCACAGGCUAGUGGUGGCUGCCUCUCUCUCCCUUCCUUCUCAGCCUAGUGUGCCGGGUCUUCCCUCCCCCUCCUUCCCUUCCCCCAUCCGGUCCUCGCUGUGUCCCCCCAGACUCCCAACAUGGGGAACACAAGCAGCGAGCGGGCUGGGAUGGAGCGCCAGGGAGGCCACAAGACAGCCCGGAGGGACAGUUCCGGGGGAGCCAUCACGACCAAGGAUGGGGACAGGCCCAAGAUCCUGAUGGACAGCCCAGAGGAUGCUGACCUCUUCCACUCUGAAGAGAUCAAGGCUCCGGAAAAGGAAGAAUUCCUAGCGUGGCAGCAUGAUCUGGAAGUGAAUGACAGAGCUCCCACCCAGGCUCGUCCAACUGUGUUUCGCUGGACAGGGGGAGGAAAAGAGGUUUACUUAUCUGGAUCCUUCAAUAACUGGACUAAACUUCCCCUCACAAGAAGCCACAACAACUUUGUAGCAAUCCUGGAUUUGCCAGAAGGAGAGCAUCAGUACAAGUUCUACGUGGAUGGUCAGUGGACCUACGACCCCUCUGAGCCAGUAGUGACCAGCCAGCUUGGCACAGUCAACAAUGUCAUUCAGGUGAAGAAGACUGACUUUGAAGUGUUUGAUGCUUUAAUGGUGGAUUCCCAAAAGUGCUCCGAUGUUUCAGAGCUUUCGAGUUCACCACCAGGACCCUACCAUCAGGAGCCCUAUGUUUGUAAGCCAGAGGAACGUUUCAAAACUCCACCCAUCCUUCCCCCGCACCUGCUCCAGGUCAUCCUGAAUAAGGACACUGGGAUCUCAUGUGACCCGGCUUUGCUCCCCGAGCCCAACCACGUCAUGCUGAACCACCUGUAUGCGCUCUCCAUCAAGGACGGCGUGAUGGUGCUCAGCGCCACCCACCGCUACAAGAAGAAGUACGUCACCACCUUGCUGUACAAGCCCAUAUGAAGCCCGGGAGGCGAGGCGAGGCCGCCGGGGAGCUGGACGAGGACAGCGGCCCGUCUCGAGCUUCGUGCCUGCACCCCGGCCUUCACUCCCUGCCCUCACCCUGCCUGAAGAUCUCUCUGGCAAUGCAGCUCCCGAGGAGCCCGCCGUGGCCACUGAGCGGCCGUAUGACCUUCUGGCAUUUACCCCGACAAGGACGGAGGGAAAGCAGGAGCCGAAGAUUGACUAAAGCCAAUCCAAAGCAUGGGGAGCCCCAGGUGCCUCUCAGAAGUGUGUGCUCUCACGGCCGCUAGGCAGCCCCCCAAAAAGAAUACUAAAUGAAGCCCAAACCUCAGUUGCGGGCUGCUCUGUCUCAGGUAGCUGGGCCCAGCCGCCCAGCCAAGGGGCCUUCCUCACAAGGGACUCCUCAGCCGGCCUCCGAUGGGACAGGAGGUGCGGGGGCCAUGGAUGUCUCCGAGUGGUCGGCCUGCCCCGCUGGCUGGGGGCGCGCUGGCGGGAGCAGCUUUGGCCCUGGCCCCCUCCCUCGUGCACAUGGGGCACGCUUGGGUUUCAGACCCAGAAUGGCUGGCGGGGCGGGGGGUGUAUAUAGUAGAGUCACGACGCAGGCUUAUAAAGGCAUUUUCUUUUUUUUAUUACCAACACGCGGGUGUGGAUCAUGUGAAAAGGACCCCUCAGGGACCUCUUGGCGCAGCGGCCUCGUCCCCCAGCUGCAGCCAGGCGCUCGGAGGGUUGCCAUCUCCUGGGUUUGGGUGGUGGUUUUGGGUUGUUGCAAAUCAUCCGAUCAGUAUGGAGGGCACCGGUGACCCUCUGAGCCCGUUUCAUGGCUAGAUCUCAAAACCAAAUGAUCAUGGAAGGCUCCAGCAGGUGCCAGCCAUUUAGGAAAGCUUCUGUUUUUUAAGGAAAUCUAGAAUUUCCAGGGUGGGUGACCCGAGAGCUCUGCCUCACCAGGAAACACCAGCAAAUCAGCGACAAGACUGGGCGCUCCCGGGCCCCCUCUGGGCUUCUCAGCGGGCGGGCCUGGAUCCCCAAGAUCAAUCCAUGGUUACCUCACUCCAGUGUUCAUUGUGUGCACCUGAGUUUUCAGGCACUUGUUGUAUUGUUUUGGAAACACUGAAUUGCUGUCACCUUGUCAUACCUCUUAACCAGGUUUAAAUAAAGCUUUUAUAAAAAA